UGUAAGAGGUGGAGGAGGGCUGGCACAGAGGGCACCCUCCCCCUGUGGCUCUGUGAGAGGAGGGCUGCCAGGAUGUGUCAUCCCUGUGUUUAUGUUUAGAAAUCGAAAACAUCAAAACUGCACCUUUAACUGUCUCCUGCCCGGACCCCCACCCUCCCAGCAGCUGCUCAGCCUGUCAGACCCCGUGUGUGACAAAUGCCAGUGGGGAGCUGUCAGGAGCCAGCCGGGUAUUACCUCUCCCAGCUGCAUUCUGGGUACAAAGAUGGCUGAGAAGCAGAAGCACGACGGCCGGGUGAAGAUAGGACACUACGUCCUGGGGGACACGCUGGGAGUCGGCACCUUCGGGAAAGUGAAAAUGGGGGAACAUCAAUUGACAGGGCACAAAGUGGCGGUGAAGAUCUUAAAUAGACAGAAGAUUCGGAAUCUGGACGUGGUCGGGAAAAUUAAACGAGAAAUACAGAACCUGAAGCUAUUCCGUCACCCACAUAUUAUUAAACUGUACCAAGUGAUCAGCACCCCCACAGAUUUCUUCAUGGUGAUGGAGUAUGUGCCCGGUGGCGAGUUAUUCGACUAUAUAUGCAAACACGGGCGGGUGGAUGAGGCUGAGGCCAGGCGUCUCUUCCAGCAGAUUCUCUCUGCUGUAGAUUACUGCCACAGACAUAUGGUGGUGCACCGAGAUCUGAAACCGGAGAACGUGCUCCUGGACGCACAUAUGAAUGCCAAGAUUGCUGACUUCGGUCUGUCUAACAUGAUGUCAGAUGGGGAAUUCCUGCGGACCAGUUGUGGGUCUCCGAACUACGCAGCCCCUGAAGUUAUAUCGGGAAGAUUGUACGCAGGCCCGGAAGUUGAUAUUUGGAGCUGCGGCGUCAUCCUGUACGCUCUCCUCUGCGGGACUUUGCCGUUUGAUGAUGAACACGUUCCAACGCUCUUCAAGAAAAUCCGCGGUGGAGUAUUUUACAUCCCCGAGUACUUGAACCGUUCCAUCGCCACCUUGUUAAUGCAUAUGCUGCAGGUCGACCCACUUAAACGUGCCACAAUCAAAGAUAUCAGAGAACAUGAAUGGUUCAAGCAGGACUUGCCCAGCUACUUGUUCCCGGAAGACCCCUCGUAUGAUGCCAAUGUGAUUGACGAUGAGGCUGUGAAGGAGGUUUGUGAGAAGUUUGAAUGUACAGAGUCCGAGUUCAUGAACAGCCUCUACAGUGGGGACCCUCAGGACCAGUUGGCGGUGGCAUACCACCUCAUCAUAGACAACCGAAGGAUAAUGAACCAGGCCAGUGAGUUCUACCUCGCCUCCAGCCCUCCCACUGGCUCAUUUAUGGACGAGAUGCACAUCCCACCCGGCGUCAGGCCACACCCAGAGCGUAUGCCUCCAUUAGUCGCAGAUAGCCCCAAGGCGCGAUGUCCCUUGGAUGCCCUGAACACUACUAAACCCAAGCCUUUGGCGGUGAAGAAAGCCAAGUGGCACCUGGGAAUCCGCAGCCAGAGCAAGCCCCAUGACAUCAUGGCCGAGGUGUACAGAGCAAUGAUGCAGCUGGAUUUUGAUUGGAAGGUGGUGAACCCGUAUCAUCUACGGGUGCGGAGGAAGAACCCGAUCACCGGCAGUUAUGUCAAAAUGAGCCUUCAGCUUUACCAAGUGGAUAACCGCAGCUUUCUGCUGGACUUCAAAAGUAUUGAUGAUGAAGCCAUGGAGCACAAGUCCGGGUCAUCAACGCCACAGCGUUCGUGCUCAGCCGCCGGCCUGCACCGGCCACGACUGAGUAUUGAUUCAGCAACAGCCGAUUGCCAGUCGCAAAGUGGACCACUCUACGGCUCCUUUUCAGGCUCAUUCUCUCAAACCAGCCCACGAACUGGUAGCCACACCAUGGAUUUCUUUGAAAUGUGCGCCAGCCUGAUCACCACUUUAGCUCGUUAACAAUUUGUGAAGUUUUUCACAUAGUAAUGUGACCAGUUCUGUUUCCAACAUCCAGACGUCUCAAACAGGUCAUGCUCAUCUUGCAGCAGGCGUUCCAUGCUGCACUGAAGAGUAUUACUCCUGAGGAAGGGUGAUUAGACAGGUGAGGGUUAGGGGUGGCUUCACAACCAUCAAUGGUCUUUGACCGAUGGCAAGUUGUUUUACCAUCAAUGGUGCAGGUCCGAUUCCAAACCAUUGUUGGCGACACUUGAUUUUGUAAAGGUGGGGCGGGGGGGAGAAGGGGAACCAUCGGUGGUGGUGGUCUGUUGACUGAGGUCUGCACAUCGAUCAUUGAUGGAACAGCUGGUAGUGGCCAAUACCAGAUGAGAGUUCGAAAAUUCGGGAUGUAUAGUUUUAUAUGAGAAAAAAAAAAAAAGACUGGGGGCGUCCAAACUUCGAAACAGAACUAGUCGUAUGGCACAAUUGGUGAGAUUUGGUGGAUUGUUUUUAGAAGCUUUAUCAUUUAACUCAGGCAUUGUGUAGAGUGCAGAUAAUCAGCACUGAGACACCACAAACCCCACACAGCUGCUGCUUCAGAUAGUUAGCUGUAAGAUAUUUAUAAAUAAUCCUUAUUAUUUCCCAUUAGGUUUUUUUUUGUUGUUUUUUUUUUUUUUUUUCGUAGGACAUAAUAAAAUACAGAACCUGCGCUGAUUAUAUUAAACAGCUAAUUUAUAAAUAGAACUCGAGAUUUUUUAAAUUUAUUUUUCGGUAUUUUAUAGUUGUAUUAUGAACAGCUGCCUUUGAUUUUUUAUAUGUGCGCAAGUAGAAAAUGCAGUUACGUAGACGCGGCACGCCAGGAAAUUCUGUGCACUGAAAAAAAAAAUAACAUUUCGAUUUGUGUAGAAAAUACGUUUAUCGGUAACUUCUGAUUAAUCAGGCAUGUAUACAAAUUGUAUCCUGCAGAGUUAGUAUGGUGCACUAUGUAUUAAAAUAACACACUAUGGGGGGUAUUCAAUUACUGGCAAAAAUGCGUUUUUGCGGUAAAAAGACGUGAAAUUACCACCAUUCGCUGUAAUUUCGUCAAACGUCUAUUCAAUUAUGCGCAAAUUUUUAUUCACCAAAUCUGAGCAGGUGAUAAACUUGGGAAAAAUCCCUAUUUUAAGUUAAAAAUGUCAGGAUUUGGUUCUGAACCCCUGGGACUCCCCUAGAAGUUUUUAAUUAUUUUUAAUUGCCCAAUAAUGACAUGUCAUUUUGGGGGUGAAAAAGUGCAAAAUGACGGAAAUUGGGGUACAAGGUAUGGGACAGGUAUAUUGGGGUGCUGUAUGAGUGGGACAAGUAUUUUUAGACUUGCAGAUGGGAGUAAUCAGUCUGUUUCCACUUUUAUUUUUAAAAGUCCCCUAAAAUGACCCAAAUAUACACUUAUACUCAUUUUUAUGUGCCCCAAGUUUAAUUUUAGCACAUAUUUUGCUGGGAAAAAAAUGCAUAUAAACAUCCAUUUGGCGGCAAUCCCGUUUUUGCGAAUUUGCAUAUGAAUAGGGCAAAUCGCGGGAGUGCAGACACCCACGAAAAUGGAGUUUUCACCGUGAAAAUGGCAAUUGUGGUAAAUUGCUGUGAUUUUGGCGCUAAUUGAAUACCUCCCUAUGGGGUAUAUUUAUAUGCCAUAAGUUUCAUAGAAAUGGAGAUGUUGCCUAUAGCAACCACUCAGAUUCUACUUAUCAUUUAUCUAGUACCUUCUAGAACAGUGAUGGCUAACCUUGACACUCCAGCUGUUGUUGAACUACACAUCCCAGCAUGCCCUGCAUCAAUUUUAUCGUGGCCAAAUAGCAAAACUGUAGUAGGGCAUGCUGGGAUGUGUAGUUCAACAACAGCUGGAGUGUCAAGGUUAGCCAUAACUGUUCUAGAAGAUAAUAGCUAGAAUCUAAUUGGUUCCUAUGAGCAACAUCCCCACUUCUAUGAAACUCACACCUUAAUAAAUAUACUCCUAUAUUCUUGUACGUACAGUAUGCAGUACAUGUGAAUUCCAAAACCUGGAACAAAAUAGUUUGUACAGUACCAGAAGUAUCAACGUGCAGCCUUCCAGCUACUGUGGGACUACAUAUCCCAGCAUGCCCUGCCACCGUUUUUGCAUUCCCGCCUUCAGCAAAACUGUGUCAGGGCAUCCUGUAGUUCCACAGCAGCUGGAGGGUCAAAUGUUGAUACCCCUGGCUUAUAUUAUAGUCUCUCCCCAUCUGUAGAGGUCAGCUUUGGAGAAUGUAUGCAAGAUUCUGGUUAAUAUAAGGCAGCCUUGCACCGGCUGGUGUAAUGGAGAAAUAAAAGAUUAAUAGGAGUAGUAAUAGCCGUAGAUCUGAUGAUGAGAUGAAAUGUUCUUAUUCCGUGUUAUAGAAAGAGCUCUAUUUGAAUGUUGAUUUUAAUGUGGAUUAUUGUGCGAGUUUAGCAGCGUCCACAAUGCUUUGUAGCGUUUAUUACAGUUUGGUGUUAUAUGAAGUAUAUAAUACCCAAGUAAUGGAUGGAUUUAUAUAGAUUUUAACAUUUAAAAAGAUUGUAUUUAGAGACUGAAUGAUGACCACUAUCUGGACCCUUGUGUGCAUCACAGCACUUUAGGGAGGGUCAGAAAAACUUCACCAGCUCGCUAAUCGUUGGCUUUCUGUUACAGAACAUAAAAUGCACAAGGACAGUGUUAAAUGCGUAUUUGCAAACAACAGAUAACUAAGAUGUUUGGAAAUGAUAAACAGAGGUAGAAAAAAAGGUAACUCCACUUGCGAAACUACAAAUCCCAGCUGCAGGCAGAGCCUGUUUGGGCUUCUAGUGCCACUUGAUCUGGAGACUACAAGUUAAUAGCCUCUUAUACUUUUGUCUAUAACAAUUUGUUUUGUACUUUAGUGAACUUGUAUUUUUAUGAUUUGAAUGCAGUGAAUUGGAUUUAACCCAAAUGUAAAAUUAUUAUUAUUAUUAUUAAUAUUUAUUAUUAUUUUAAUAUAAUAUAGUGUGUUGUUAAAAUGGACCCAUCUUCCCCACAUGAAACCACAGUGAAUCACAGUCCGCGGCACCUCAGAAAAUAAAAUUAUCACUCUCUCCCUAUAUUGAACCAUAAUCUCCCCUACAUAGGUGCAUCUAUAAUAUGUGCAGUGCACGUGGGCCGGCGGGUCCAAGGGGGCCCACACCACACACCGUGCGCCCAUGUUCAAUUGCUUACCUCGCCGGGGGCCCGCGCUGGCACUACUGCUACUCGAGCGCUGCUUUUUACGCAUGCCAAUAAACUGCGUAUCUGCGGUCAAUGCGGUAGUUUGACCCAUUUGGGACUAAUCGUGGCCUCUCUGGCUGCACAGUUCCGUAUUGCCGUGUAUAGGAUAAUGUCAUUGCAAGCUUUUCACUGCUUUGUAAAUUGCGGUAAGCCGGAACCCAUUUUUUUUUAAUCACACAAAUAGCUUUAAUAGGGGCUGCUAUUUGUGAGAUACCUAAGAUACCGUUGGCCAUUGUAGCCUAUGGGCUACUUUCCGCAUAAUUUACUGGGAGAGGGAUCUGCAGGACCCCUUCCUGGUAAUGGCUGCUCACACAUGCCGAUUCUGAUGACCACGGUAGCACAAUAGCGCGGAACGCGCUCCUCUCGGAUCCUCUGUGUCUGGAUGUGUUUUUUAAUACAUUCCAAGCAUACAUUAUUUCUUAUUGCUGCGAUGAAGUUGCAAAGAAUUAUAAUUAUUGCAUCUCAAUAUGCCCCAGAAUGAGAGAUCAGUUUAAACUACUACAAUACCUGUCUGUCUUCUCCAGUGGCGUAGAGAGGGGAGCAAGUACGAAUUACCCAGCCCCAAGCAUCUUAAAGGGGCCCGGUUGGGGCCAGGCUCUACCUCUUACCAAUCACUGGCAGCAGCCUCUUUCCCCAGCCCAGCGCAUGCCCCCUCUCCCUGGAUCUGACACGGGCUGAGGGGUACACAGCGCCCCCGUGCAGCACAUAAAAAGUAUUUUCUAUACUUAUUUUUUUUACAAGGGGGCGUGGAAACACCUCUAAUUAGGCCACACCCCCAUUAUUACUGGGGCACAGUAAAGCUCUCUACAGCCCUGGCCUUCUCUGCCUUAUUAGCAUACAAUGCCAUUGGCACAUUAGAUGUAUGAGAAAGAUCCAGCACUGCAAGAAUAGUUAUUUAUGUAAUAAAUGGUAGGGUCACGAAUAAUUGUGGAGGCGCUGUAUGAAGUACUUAAAGGCCCAAGCACGUGUAAUGAAAGUGGCUCUGAAUAUUAUUGGGUGAUAAAGCGGUUUAUGAAUCGGUUACAGUGUACCAGUAAGUGAUUGAAAAGCAAGCGACAAUCGGCAUAGGCCCUCAUUCCGAGUUGUUCGCUCGCUAGCAGUUUUUAGCAGCCGUGCAAACGCAUAGUCGCCGCCCACGGGGGAGUGUAUUUUCGCUUUGCAGGAGUGCGAACGCCUGUGCAGCAGAGCGCCUGCAAACACAUUUUGUGCAAAACAAGACCAGCCCUGUAGUUACUUAUCCUGCGCGAUGAUUGCUGCGACGAGUGACACGGUAAUGACGUCAGAUACCCGCCCGGCCACGCCUGCAUUUUUCCAAACACUCCCAGAAAACGGUCAGUUGACACCCAGAAACUCCCACUUCCUGCCAAUCUUCUUGUGACCGCCAGUGUGACUGAAAGCGUCGCUAGAACCUGUGCAAAACCACGAUGCUCUUUGUACCCGUCUGUCGCGCGUGCGCAUUGCAGUGCAUACGCAGAUUUGCCAUUUUUUCAACUGACCGCUGCGCUGCGAAAAACAGCAGCGAGCGAUCAACUCGGAAUGACCCCCAUAGAGAAGAUCUGGGGCUGCCAAUUGUCAAUAUGAUAAAUUGAACCCUCACCCAAAAAUCCCCCGCUACAGAAGCGUGUAUGUGUGGGCGGAGACAUGCAAAUGAGCCGAGUGACAGUAUUACAUAAUUUUCGGAGUAGUAUGUUUCCAACCAGCGAGCCUUCAUCAAGAUAUAUGGCCCGGACUGGCUGGAAACAUAGGGAACGGGUAUUACAGAAGGCUUAUAAAAUACAAUGUGAAAAAGAGAACGAAGAACAUAAUGGACAAUAGUUAUAUACAGCAGAGGGGCUGCAUCGCACAUGCUCCUUGUACACGCCUAGAAGACAGGUCCACUUAAGCUUUUCUUGAUACGUCGGCGUUCUAUUACACUGGAUUGCCUUAUUCCUUGUUGUCUGUAGAUUUAUAGUGGAUACAUUUAACAUAAAAAAUAAACUUUGAUAACUUGCCGGCUUGUUAAGCUCAGACUAUGCAGAAAUGUUGAUGAUUAAUGUAUUUCUACCAAAACCUAAACGCACUGGAGCGCUAUUUAAUAAACGCCACUGGCUGCCAUUGUUCUGCAUCAAUAUCUUGCCAGUGACCUUAUGUGAACAGUACACAAUCAGUGACAAAUUGUAUUUUUAUUUGUAAUGUGUGUCUUAAUGUGAAUAUGUAAUAGAAAUGUUUUGUGGCAAAACUCCAGUAUUUUCUCAUCAAGAAUAUAAACUGUUUUCUUUGGUCUGACUGGCAAAUGCUUAAUGCAUGGUGGAUGGAGGGUAGUUACAGAAUCACAUAGGGAUCGGUAGUCCCUAUAGAAAAGAGCCACGGUACACACCAUGCUACACCUAACACAGAUUUUGUUUUUCGGUUUUGGCAAAAUCACCCCCAUGUUUUGGAUUCGGAUUUGGUCUUGGGUUCUUGGGUGUUGAUAAAAAAAAAAAACAGCUAAAAUCAUGUAAUGUGGACCUAUAUUUGUUCCUACAGUAUUCUUAACAUCAAUAACAUUAAUAUCCAGUGUGAAAUGGCAUCUUAAAACACUAAAGAGAGACUUACAGCCCAUCAAAAACACGCAAGCUGAGUUUUUCCGAUCAGAGAUCUGAACUUGCGGAUGACCCGAGCCGGAACGCAAUUCGACUUGGAUUCCCUAAGUUCAGGUAUGUUCGGUUACUGCUCAUCUCUGUAGAUCAGAUCUGAAACAUGCCCUCAGACCUCCACCCCUGCCAUUUUAUGCCCAUCAAACCUUUCACAUGCCCUCAGACCUCCUUAUAAUUCCCAAUAGAGACCCUACCAUACGCCCUCAUUCCAUAUGCACAACAGACCCUCCCACAUGCCCUCAGACCCCCCCAUGUGUCAUUUAUACGCCCAUCAAACCCCACACAUCCUCAGACAUGCCCCUUAUAAUUUCCAACAGAGCCCCCCAACUCCACGCACACAUACCCUCAUUCCUCCCUCCACAUCAUUGUGAUGCAUAACAGACCCUCGGAUACCCCCACGCAUCAUUGUUAUGCCCAUCAGACCCCACAUAUGCCACCCGUUAUCAGGCUCUCCAUAUCCCCUGUGUCUUAAACACCUUUGUAAAAUUACUAUGAGAAAAAAUAUGGGCCCUUUGGAGGGGAGGGGGGGGGAGGGGAGAAGCAUGGGGUUCUGGGCACUCGGAAAGCCCUACCCAGCAGAUGUGCCCCUGGAUCACUUGUUGAUGUUCCAUCCACCGUCUGUUAAACCACGUACGCAGAGCUUGGGUGGGUGUAAUUAGCUGCCCAGCCGGUAUUUGCCUAUUUAGUGCACUUGAAAAAAUGCCUUAAAUAUUGGUUUGUAGAUCUUGACAUCUUCAGACAAAUGUGGUUAUGAAGCAACGAGUAAGAAAACUAAAUGCUGAGAAAUGUAAUUCAUAUGGCCACAAACUUGCCAAAGUUGCAGCCAACCAACAAUGGUGGCGUAAUCCCAUGGGUUUUCAACGCUAAACGGGAGAAGCACUAGCCGCAAGUAUUGGAAUAUUGCCAUUUAGGUUAGUAGAUGGUAGGGUGAGCUUAGAUCUCUGAGUCUAGCACAUCUUAGCACGAUUAAGCCAAGCAAAGAGUAAUUGCAUAUACAGUAUCUGUUACUAGUUGUGUUACGUAGGACAAUCUUGUAACAUACAUGUGUGUGUGUCAUGUCAUGUCAAAAAGCUUUCCGUGUACAGAAAAAAAUAAUCUGUAAACGUGUGUAGAUAUUAAAGGCCUAGAUCUGUUAGUGACCUCUCUAGAACGCCAUGUGCAUUACAGAUUAGACAGUAUUUAUUAUUGGUUUGUAGAUUUGUACACAGCUGCACAUAUAAUUCUGUUUACCUAAAUUAUAGAUGCAUCAUUUCAUUAAAUUGUAACAGUGUGAAGAGA